GUUUCCAAUUUACCACUGUAUUGAUUGCUACUGUGUGUUGUCUGUUCUGUUUUUUUUUUGGCUCUCGCUUUGUGUAUUAAUGUGUGUUGGCUUCGUUGUUCAUGUUUGUGUGUGUGUUUGUGGUGAGAUUCAUUGUUUUGAUUUUCUAUAUCUUUUGCGCACACUGACAUAUGGCACUCGUCGCAUGCUCCGACAUAUUCUUCAGUUACUUUGUUUCUUUUUGCGACAAAAUUAUUUUACGCAGAAAUUGUGCGAUUGUAAUAUUUUUGGUGUCAUUAAAAUUGUUCCAUCUUUUCCCCUAAAAAUCACAAAUGAGUUCGCUUCGAUUCGUUUACCGAUUAAGUUUCAACUGCAACGGAAUGAAUGUGUAUGAAAUAUAAACAAAUCGCAUUGAACGCAUCCAUCGACGCCAAUGACACACACACACACACACACACACACAUAAUUCAAGACAAAGAAAACGACGAUGUUUUUGGCGCGCGAAUUUUCAUCAGUUUUUUUCUCACGAUUAAAUCAACGUCGAAAAAUUCGUACGGAAUCAUCUCAAGUGAUGAUUGUCAAUUGUGUUGCCGGUCAUUUGGGAAAGUCGCAAUGAACAAACGAAAGUGCACCGUCGGUGAUUCAUCCGUUCAAAUGUAUUCCAAUCCAAAACAAAUCAAAUUGUCGAAUAGCUGCGCGGAAUUGUUGAAUGACAUUGAUUUUGUGGAUUUUGAUGAUGAAUUUACAUCGAGUGAAGGAACCAAUGAUGAGCAAUUGACGACUGCAAGCACCAAUUUCGUCACAAAUCUGCUGGAUGGAAUUGAUUUUGACAGUUGUGAUGCGAGUGAUCAACGCGAUAAACUGUUGGAUCUAAGCAUUUGGAAACGAUGUAUCAUCGAUGAAUGUCGCCGUGAUGGACACGAUUUGGUUGUCGCGGGCUAUGAAGACGCUGGCAAGUGUGAUAAACAGAAGACUGACUGUGGCAAACGGAUGAUUUGUCGCUUGCAACACUAUUGGACACAGUGUCGAAUCGAAGCUGGCGACAUUGUCUCAAUAGUAGCCGUUUGGAACACAAAAAUCAAAUCGUAUUGCGUCACAAAUACAAAUGGAUUUGUGGUGGUUCGACCCGAUUUCUUGGUGUCCGGAACAACCGUUGUCAGUGGGCUGUUUUGCAUGAGGAAAGCCGUUCUACAAGAUCGAUUCAAAGGCAUCGAAGCUGGCAUGAAAAUUAUGACCGUCGGUUCCAUAGUACAUGAAUUAUUCCAAAUUGUGCUGCGUCGACGGCUUACAACGCGUGAACAAAUCAAAGCGGUCAGCGAUGAAAUGCUAUCCGACGACGGAAUGGCGUAUACUUUGUAUGCAAGCAGCAUGAAAUCGGCCGAGGCACGUACUGAAUUUGAUGGAUUUUUGGAGAGAAUCUACGAGUUUAUGCAGCAAUACGUGGAGGGAAAAGCACCAACGACUUCAAACAAAACGAUUGAAAAUUUUGACGGAACAAUUGAAAGUAUUCAGGACAUUGAAGAGAAUAUAUGGGUGCCUCGACUCGGGCUUAAAGGCAAAGUCGAUGUGUCGGUGAAUGUGAAGUGUCGUCCGAGGAAUGGAGCAUCAAAGAAGAAAUCAUUGUACAUGCCUCUCGAAUUGAAAACGGGUCGCGCCUCAUUUUCCGCUGAGCACUCUGGCCAAUUGAUCAUUUAUCAAAUGAUGAUGAGCGAAAUCGAGCAAUCAACCGUCGAAUCGGGCCUUCUUCUGUACUUACGAGAAGGUGUAAUGCGUGAAGUGAAAGGAACACACAACGAACGACGGGAUUUAAUACUUCUUCGCAAUGAAAUUUCAUAUUAUUUAGCUAAACAAUUUGAAGCGUAUGCAAAUAUCGGUCAAAAAUCAUUAUUCGACGAAGAAAAUGGCACAAGUAACGAUGAUUUGCUCACUGAACUGAUGCGAGUGUCAUACAUUCCCGAACUUCCCGAGCCAAUCAAUCGAGGCAACGUGUGUCCAACUUGUCCGUACAAUAUUUUAUGUUCAGUUUACCUUAAUCAAGAUAGCAAAACACUUUCAUCGCUCGAUGCAAAGCAUCCAAUGCGUGAAUUAGCGCCAUUAGUUACUGCACACUUGAACGAUGCACAUAUCAAUUAUUUCUGCCAUUGGAUCGGCCUGAUGGUGUUGGAAGAUCAAGAGAAUAAAAAAUUGAAUCCAAAUAAGGUGCUAUGGCUUGAAACACCCGAACAUCGUCAGAAGUGUGGCCGGGCUGUAUGCGAUCUCAUAUUGAAUCCAGAUGUUCAAAGCGAUAAGGAGGGCGAAUACAUUCAUGAGUUCAGCACAAAGAUUGUCGAUUUAACGUCAUUCGGCUUCAGUCUGGGCAACUAUUUAAUUGUCAGCACACCGAAACGGUAUUCAGUCGCCGCUGGACCCGUUAUAGCGAUCACGGAAAAUGUCAUCACACUCAUUUUAGACAGAAAUUUGUGUGAUCGAUACCGGAAUGAAAAGUUCAUCAUUGAUAAAUAUGAAUCACAAACCAAUGCCACAUUCAAUAUGUCCAAUUUGGGUGCCUUACUUGAUACAACAGAAGCUGCCGAACGACUGAGAAAAAUUGUCAUCGAUCGUGUGCAGCCAACGUUUACGAAGACAUUACCAAAAGUGAUAACUACCAAAGGGAAAUCCAUUCUAAUGACAUUGAAUGCAAACCAAAGAUCGGCUGUGCUGAAGGCACUCACUGCAAAUGAGUAUUUAUUGUUAAAAGGUUUGCCGGGAACGGGAAAAACGCAGACUCUAGCCGCCCUCAUUCGAUUACUAGUUCUCAUGGAGAAAUCCGUACUGAUUACGAGUCACACACAUUCGGCCGUUGACAAUGUUUUGAUGCGACUGCGAAAAUGUGACAAUCAAAUAAAAUUCAUGCGAUUGGGUUCUGCAAAGCGUAUACAUUCAGAGUUGAGGGAAUGCAGUGAGGAAUUUUAUACAUCGAAUUGUAAAACGCCAGACGAACUAGCCGAGGUUUAUAAUCAAUUUAGUGUGGUUGGUGUCACAUGCUUGGGAUCGGGGCAUCCGUUAUUAACGCAACGCGUGUUCGACGUUUGUUUAGUGGACGAAUCGACGCAAGUGUUCCAAAGCACAGUGUUGCGUCCAUUAUUCUCUGCCAAAAAAAUCAUUCUAGUUGGUGAUCCUGAUCAAUUGCCGCCGAUCGUACGGUCACAAAUAGGGAGAAAACUAGGUGCCGACGAGAGUUUAUUCGCUCGGCUAGACUCACCACAGGCAACCGUGGCCCUAACACAUCAAUAUCGAAUGAAUAAAACCAUAACCAAAUUGGCCAAUGAUCUCACGUAUCAUGGCGAGUUGAAAUGUGCCAAUGAUAAUGUGUCCAAUGCAACAUUCAAGACGAAAGUCUGCACAAAAAUCAAAUGGAUCCAACGUACAUUGUCACCGCAUAUCGAUCAAUCGGUGAUUUUCUUGAAUACCGGCAGCGUUGCCGAGAUCAACAGUGAAACCGUUGACCGAAUAUUGGGUUGUGCAAGCACAAAUGGUAUGCGAUCGCCAACAAAAAUCAAAAGCACACGAAUUUACACGAACUAUUGCGAGGUUGCCGUCAUUCUGGCUAUUGUAAACGAGCUGAAAGCAAUGGGACUCGCUAGCAAUAUGAUUGGUAUCAUUGCACCGUAUGCACUGCAAGUGGAAUUGCUACGAAAAUCGGUCGCACAACAUUUUGAUAAUGAUAUAGAAGUGAACACUGUUGAUCAGUACCAAGGUCGUGAUAAAGAAGUUAUCAUUUACUCGUGUACACGAUCCAAGGGAAAAUCGGACAGAGCGAUGAAGUCGGUUGAAAUGCGACGCAACAAUGAAAUUCUGGAGGAUCAGCGCCGUUUAACGGUGGCCAUAACUCGGGCCAAGCAUAAAUUGAUCAUGAUCGGCGAUACGGCGUCAUUAGACAAUUACCGACCUUUCCGAAUGCUGAUCACAAGCAUGAGCAAAAUGAAUAAAAUAAAUUUAGUCGAUCAGCAGCAAGGUUUCGAUUGGCGCACCCUUCUUUCGAUCUUCAAUGCCAAUUAAUUUGCUAAUUUAGAGUAAUCCGUUUGACCAGCAGCAAUUUUUGUUUCCUCAUUUACCUUGUUUUGAUAAUUUAUUGUACGAAUUGAUUGCAAAUAAAAAAACUGUUUGUUCGAAAAA